GGAAUCGAGGUUUUAAAUUCAACAAUAUCAAAAAAAGAAAUUAAUCUCUUUGGAAAUUAUUUAGAGUAUUCAGUUUUUGAAUUUACUUUAGACAGUGAUAUAUUCAAGUAUGAUUCAUUAGCAUGCCCAAGUUAUAAUUGUAACUCUCCAAAUACUGGUAUAGAUUGUUCUUGUGAUUAUACAAAUAAAACAGAAUGCCCAAAGAAAAGAGAUGUUUCAUGCACCAACGAGUGCUUACUAGUUGAUGAAAAUAAUACUGACUUAUGUGGGGAGGAUUUAACUUGGACUACAGUAAAGAAGGAUCAAGAUUAUAUAUUUGAAUCAGAUAAAACUUUACAUCUAAGAUACAAGGCUGACUCUAGUAUUUGUGAAGGUAUAAUGGUUCAGAAUUAUCCAAUUGAAGGUUUCUACAAGUUUGCAAUGGGUAGAUCUUUAGACUAUAAUUCUCAAAGAGAUUGUAUAUUGGGUAACCCAUUGAUUUAUGGUGUUAUGAAUAUUUGUCCCUCUGACAAUGUAGAUUUUUUAGAAGGGAUGUCCUAUAAUCAAGGUUGGACCGACAAUACUUAUUUCAUCACAAUAGUUCCAUUCGUCACGGGAAAAUCUUUUAAAAAGUCAUUCAGGUUAACAUCUAAACCAGUUCCAGCUAUUCCAAACCCUUUACCAGCUUGCUCAAUAGAUUCACAGGAUCCUAUUUUAUCUGAUCACCAAUGUCUUUCUGAUGGUAUUAUGGUACAAAAUAAUGAAAAGGAGGAUCAUAAACAUGACUACUAUGUCUUUAAAGCUAAAAAAAGUGCUAUCCAUACUAUUAGAAGUCCUUCUCUUUAUGAAACACCUAUUUUAUUGGCAGAUGAUAAACAAAAGAAACCAAGUUAUAAUUCAAUUUUCCAACCUCCAAAGUGGGGAAGUAGAGAUGAGUAUGAAAACAGUAUUACAAUGUAUUUAGAAAAAGACCAAGUUAUUUAUAUUUCAGUAUAUACUUAUUGGGCUUCACCUUAUGUUUUAUCAAUCACUUCAGAUGCUUUCUAUUCUCAAGUUAAUGUUUCAACAUUACCCUCAAAAGCUGCAAUGUUUUCAUUGGUUAAAUCAUCAAGAAUUUUAAAUUCAAAUACUAUAGUAUCUUGUGAACAAUGGUCUCAAUGUUUUCUAUAUACAAUAGGUCCUCCAUAUUCAAACAAUGACCCAACAUCACCUUUACCACCACCAUAUCUGGGCUAUUUCAUUCAAGACUCUUUACCAAGUUACUAUGAGUUAAACUAUGAUGAUACAUUGCUUAAUCCACUCAAAAGAAAGGUUUAUCAAGCCGCUUUCUUAAUGUCUUAUAAGAUUGGUUCUGCCACAAAAUCAACUUUGGUCACCUGGGAAGAUCUCAAAAAUACAAAGAUUGAAUUUUUAUCAACUCAUUUCGAUGCAGAUGGUAUUCCAUUAUCAGGUAUUGUUUCAAAUUAUACAGUCAAAGACUAUGAAUGUAGUUACAAUGAAUUAAAUGUGGUUUUAAAUGAAAUCGAUAGAAUUGAGGAGUUAUUAUACAACGUAACUGAUUUAAAAGAAAUGAACAAUUAUAGAUAUCAAUUGGAUACUUUGACAAUUAGGGAUAGUUAUGUAGGAUGUACUCACAAAGCAACUACAUUAUUAGAGAAGCGUACUGUUGAAAAGAAUGUUACGGGCACAUUUUGUCAAUAUUCAACAAAUGAUAGUAGAUUUUUUAAAGAUCCAUGUUGUAGUUUAGUAAUGAGAUACUCGGAGUGUUGCAACCCGACCACCAAGCUUGUUGAGCAAGAAGAUUAUGUUGGUGUUUAUACAGAUAGUGUUAGAGAUCAAUGUUCAAAUCCUUCAUGCACUGAAACUGUUGUAGACCAAUACUAUAGCUCUUUGGGUGUUCAAGAUGACUGUUCCGUACCAAGAAAUGCUUUGGAUAAUAUUAAAAUAGAAAUCAUUACCGUUUUACGUCAGUGCCAAGCAGAUGUUGUUCUCGAUACUCCUACCUGCUCCAGUGAUCAAGAAUGUAAAACUUUUAGUGGCCCAAAUGGAGUAUGUGAUAUGUUUACAAGAAAGUGUUUACCAGAUUUCCAAUUUAUCGAUAAGCGUUAUUUAACCUGUAUUUUUAGUCAGCUAGAUCAAGCAACCAUUUUUAAACUUCUUCAUAAACCAUUUUCAUUAAAUGACACUAUUAUUCAAGAAUUAUACAAUUACUACCAAUCAGAGGAUUGUAUUAAUCAAGGUACAUUCACACAAAGACAAAUAUUUCAAUAUUUACCAAAGAGUUCAAGUGAAGAUAUUUAUUCAUCGCCUCACUGUCUUGACGAUUCUUGUCCAUUGGUUCAUGAUGUAUACUAUGAUGGAGUAUAUUCUUAUUAUAAACAGUAUAUCUACCAAGAUUUUACAAAUUGUGAAUUAUUUGGUAUAUGCAAUUCAAACCCAGCAUGUUAUGGUGUUUCAAGUACUCAAACUUGUGCCAGUGAUUGUAAUUCAAAUGGUGAUUUUUGUGGUUAUUGUUCAAAUAGUACAGAUGCACUUUGUUAUAAUUUCAAUAAUAAUGAUCAAGUUAGUUGUACAUCCAGUGAUUAUUGCAUAGUUGGUAAUAAUCAAUUCGAAGAAAAUCUUUCUCAAAGCGAAUGUGAAGAAAGUGGUGUUUGUGAUAUACCAUGUGGUUAUUCAUGCGAUGGUUUUGUUGGUUGCGCACUAAUUAAUGUUCCAAACGAAGAAAUAUGUUUAUCAGUUCCUCUUACUUCAUGGGACAUGACAUAUAAUAUUUGCAAAUAUGAUGUCGCUACUCAAGAUCAAUGUACAGGUUCGGAUCAAUUAGGUUGGAUUGAUUGCACAUCAAAUUUAAUGGAUGAAUGUUCAGGUCCAACUUUACAAACCAUUAAUGCAUGUUCAUUGAAACCAAAAGAAUGCGCAACAAAAUCAGAAUGCGAAGCUGCAGGCCAAUGCUCUGAUAGCUAUUUCUUUUUACCAGAAAAUACCAAAUACUAUCCAGCAGGUUUAGGUAAAUGUGUAAAGAAGCCAGAUCUUUACAUAAAUCAAAUAUCUUGCUUGUUCUCAAGGGAUAUUACUUUGACCGAAAGAGACUCACCAAUGGGAUGCUUUACAGAUAUCCCCAGUGUAUUUAGCCGUGCAGAAUGUGAACGAUUAAACUAUACUUGGUGGUCACCUGCUACAUCAAUGGAUCAAUGCCUUGGAUUAAAAGGUUGUAAAAUUUAUCCACCUGAAGAAACUAAAAUGUUACCUUAUAAUACCCAAUUCAAUCAAAUGAACGAGGGAACCUGUUUGGGAUGCUAUGACUCAAAUAACGAAUGGUCAAAUAAGUUUGAAUGGAAAAAUGGUAGUUGGAAACCAGGUGUUUAUGUUAAAGGUCAAUGGAUUCAAAGCAAGUGGAUAUCGACCAGCAUUCACACAACAUCAUUAUCCUAUCAAAGAAUUUACGAUGAUUUAAUGAUUUCAGCAAAUACUCAAAUGUCAGAUUUAUUACGUUCUGAAUAUUUCUGUAGAAGUUUCCGUACAAAAAACAAUUUAGAUUCAAUUUCGUGUAGUUGCUCUUCAAAUGGUAAUGGUGGUUCAGAAUGCUUUAAAGAAACUUCAUUGCUUUUGGGUCAAACCAAACCAUGUAAUAACAAACAAAGUAACUAUACUUUCGACUAUGGCCAAAUUUUGUUUUCUGAACAAUCUGUUCAAGAGGGUUGUGGAAAUGUUUUAGUAUCUCAAUUCCCAUAUCAACUAUUCACUUCAUCAGAACAAAGCUUUUUCCCAUCAAAUUUUGUAUCAUACCCAAAACCAGAUAAAUAUGGAGUUUUUAAUGAUAAGGAGGUUAUAGUUGGCACAAUUUUAGGUGAUGGUAUUUCAGUAGAAUCUCAAGGUGUAGAUAGAUUUACAGUAUGUUUUGUUUUGGGUUCAUCGAUUGGCAACUCUGAAAAAUAUCCAGUUUUAGAUAUAGCUAGUCAAAAUGAAAUAGACCAAAAGGUUUAUCCAUUAGAUAACACCAAUGCAUCAAUAGUUGAAAUUAAAGGCAAUAGCUAUUUAUGCUCACAUAUUGAUAACAUCAAACAAAAAGGAACCUAUUUCCCAAUCAAUCGUGUCGAAAAUUGGAAAUCACAAGGUAAACAAUACUUUGACCGUUCAACAGAGGGUUUGCUUUAUACUUUAGCUGCACUAUUUUUAUUAGUAGCACUAUAUGGUUUUUAUCAAUUAGUAAUUAUUAUGGUUGUUAGAUUCAGAAAUAUUAUUACCAGAUUCGAAUUGGUACAUCUCUUAAUUCUGAUGGUUUUCAUUUUCUUAACUGUUCGUAUGGUUUAUUUCUUCCUUUUGCCAAAAGGUUACCUGGCCGACUCUGCUAUUGCCGACUACUCACUUGUAGUAUUACCAACAUUCUUUUAUUUCUCUUGCUUUACAAUUAUUUUAGUAUUAUGGUUUACCAUUGUUUUCUUGGUAUUAAAGAACAAUGCUAGUGUGGAUUUAUCAAAAAGAGUUUCAUCAAUCCUUGUAAUUGUUAAUGUUUUAAUUUAUUUAUUACUAAUUGCCAUUAUUGUGGCAUUCCAGUAUACCAAAAACGAUUAUACAAAUAAUUGUGGUAACCGUAUUAUAGUCGAAAUUAAAAAUUCAUCAUCACAAAAAGCAGUUUCUAUAGUCUAUGCUACAGUUCAAGCAGUAAUUAGUAUCACCAUUGCUUCAUUAUUCAUAUAUUUAGGUGGUAGUUUAUACAUGGCCAUGCGAAAAUCGCUAAACUCCAACUCUAAUUCAAGAGCUUUAAAGAAAACGAAAAAAAUAUUUUUAUUGACCGCAGUUUGCAGUGUAGGUUUUAUUCUCCAUUGUGUUUUCAUUUUGGUUUUGGUUGGAAUCGAAAAUCCAAGUGUCACAUUCAGCUUUAUAGGUUUAGUUAUUACAGAGAUAAUACCAUCCCUCACCAUUCUUUAUUGUUACGAUCAACGUGUUAGCUUAUCAUUGGAUAGAACUUUAUCAAUUAAAUCCUCCACCUCAUCCAUUUCUGAUAAAACUGACUCUAAAUUAACAACAAUAACUUCAACAGAAAAAACUUUUAGUGAAAACUUAUCAUCAGAAUUUUAG